UUCCAGCGGAUGCGGAAGAUGAAGAGCACGGGCGACAUGUCCGUCCUGCCGUGCGUGCUGCUGUACGCCAACUGCUACCUGCUCUGCUGGUACAGCUACGCCGUGGACAACAUCAUCCCGCUCUUCCUCACCGCCGCCCUGGGCGUCAUCUGCGGGGUCAUUUUCUCCGUCUUCUUCUACCGCUGGACCGUGCACAAGCGUGACGUCAUGAAAGUCUUCGUCAUCUCAGGCGUGAUCAUGCUCUUGGAGACCAUCUACGGUCUCGUUGCCCUCCUCGGGUGGACAGGUCAGAGUCGGUCGUCCACGGGGACGACGCUGGGUGUCCUUGUCAUCGUCUCGUCCGUCGGCCUGUACGCGUCGCCCAUGGCCACCAUCCGGCACGUGAUCCAGACCAAGACGUCGUCCUCCAUGCCCUUCACGAUGGGGGUCGUCAAUGUCAUCAACAGCUUGUGUUGGGUCGUGUACGCCAUCCUCGUGGACGACGUCUUCAUCCUCGUCCCCAAUGCCUCCGGCGCGCUGCUGGGCUCGAUUCAGCUCAUCCUCACGUUCAUUUAC